GGAGAUACCGGUGAUCCCUUCUUCCACCUUUUUGUUGUUGUCUCCUCACAUGAACGCCGUGGGAAAAAAGGGGCACGCGCGUGUUUGCCUUUGUCCAGUGCGCUGUGCUCCUUCCCAGACUCGAGAGGACUUACGCCAUCAGAGGCGAUGAGAUGUGACUGAGCUAUGCCUUGUGGAAAUGGACAGACUUUAUUAUCCAAGCGAAAACAUGGCGUCUGCGUCCCGAGGUUCAGCUUCUUCUCCGGUGUGCUGGUGGCGCUCUGCUGCCUGGAGGCGUGGGGCUCCGGGCCGCCGGGGGACGGCGGCGGGAGCUGCAGCCCCUGUCCCGUCAACUGCAGCUGCGCGCCGGCGGGGCCCCAGCCCCAGUCCUGCGUGGUCAACUGCUCCAACAUCGGGCUGGAGAGGGCCCCGGCAGCGGCGGCCAUCCCGCGGGCCACCACCGUGCUAGAUCUUUCCAAGAACCACAUCUCCUCCCUCGACACCAGCCUGCUAGAACGUCUCACUGGCCUCCGAGAGCUGUAUCUUCAAGGAAACCGGAUCAAUGUUCUCCCCAGAGGAGUUUUCUGCUGCGGGCCGCUGUCAAUCCUCGAUCUGAGCAACAACCUCAUCACCGCCAUCGAAGAACGAAUAUGUGACAACCUCUGCAAUUUAACUCAAAUCGACCUGAGCGGUAACCCCUUCGAUUGCGAUUGCAAGCUGUUCCGGCUGGUCAGCUGGCUCCAGGAGAACGGCGUGCGAGUCCGUCGGCCGGACGCCAUGCUGUGCAACCACCCUCCUAACCUGCGCCACCAGCCCCUCCUCAACGUCAGCCUGCUCACCUGCGACGCCGCUUGUCUCGAGGACAGCAGCAGCGGGGGAGGGGGACGCAGCGAGCUCGUCAUCUUCUCGUCCUCCACGCCCGGGAACUUCACGCGCGAGCAGUGCAACAGCGUGUGCUUCGCCGCGUCGCACCGCUACGGCGGCCUGGGGGCGAAGAAGGAGUGCCUCUGCAGCACAAACUCGGGGCCAAACUUCCUCAGCGAAUCUCAGUGUUCGGCCGCCUGUACGAACCCCAACGUCAUGAAGGACUGCGGCUGGACUCUGGCUCACGACGUGUUCGCGGUGGACUUCGCCGUCUCGCUGAAGACUCUCCCGCUGCAAAGCGUCCACGACGGCGUGCGCUUCUCCGCCGCGUCCUCCGUCACGCCGGUCACGCUGUCCUGGGACUUCGGUGACCUGUCGCCCCGAGUCAACGCCACAGAGACAGGGGUCACCACGGCAACUCACAAAUAUGGACUCCCGGGACGUUACGCAGUCAGUCUGGUGGCCUGGGCCGGACACAAGGAGGUACGUACAGCACGCGGAGAAGUGACCGUGACACUUCCUCCCCAACUGGAGCUGCGCUGUCCCCCUCUCGCUGUGGCCAAUAGGAGCCUAGAGAUCACACUCGUCAGCUGGGGUGCAGACGGCCUGAAUGUAGACUGGAAGAUUUUAAAGGACGGCGUCCAGGUUGCCAAAGCCUCCCCUUACUGCCCAAAGGACGGGGUGUACCACGCCGAGUCGUCACGCUGCUUCCAGAUCGUUCCAGGGGAGUCGAGCUGGACGGACGCUCGCCAGCAGUGUUUAGAGCGCGGCGGGGACCUGGCGUUAGUCCGGAGCGCCGUGCUGCGUAACCUGCUGGCCCCCAAAGUCACACAGGAGAGAGGGGCGUGGCUGGGCCUGAGUGACGUUGACUCUCCGGGGAAGCUGCGCUGGGUGAACGGCUCGGCUGCGCAGGAGGGCGAGGAGGGCCCGCCUCCUCGGUCCACGAUCGCCCGCGGCAACGUGUGCGUGUCCCUCGAUCAGCGCGCUCAGACCAGUUCUCACCCGUGCAACGCCAAGCGGGCCUACGUCUGCCAGUACAACCCCCAAGUGCGUGUUCCAGAUGCAGGGGUUUACACCGUGGGCCUGGCUGUGUUUCCCUCCCACAAUCCUUUGCACCGCGCCUCGUCCGCUCUGCCCACUGCUCCACAACCUCCCGCCGGUGUCAUAGAGGUGCUGUUGUUCCCAGCUCUGAGCUUCGGCCAGGCGGGUCGUCUGUCCUCUCUGGAGUUUGUCACUCCGGAGCUCCGUUCACAAAUCCACGUCCGAUUCCAGACCUACAGACCUCACUGUCAUCAUCCCGGCCUGCACCUGCUGCUUCCCAGUUGUGGGGGGCCGGCGUGUUCCCCGGUGGCUGUUUGUGUCCCUCAUGACACCCGGAGCAGUGAGCGGCGCUCUUGCCCCCGACUAGAGCAGUGGUGUCCCUUCCAGCUCCGAUGUCUGCCCCUCCUCAGUCCCUGCCGGCCAUCUGCCUGUCCUAACUGCACACAGGGUCACCUCCUGCCCCCCGGGGCGCUGAGGCCCAGAUACACCCUGCAGGAUGAGGUGGUCUUCACUCUACCAGCAGGACCAGCUGCACACAUACUGGUACAAGAACACCUGGAGGAUCUGUUGGUUUCCCGCGGCGAUAUAAUCGCCCUGCAGCACGAUGCUGGCCCCGCCUCCCUCCUCCGCUGCCAAUCGCCCCCACAUUCGAUGUGGGGACAACCUGUCUUUGCUCUCAACCAAUCAGAGUGGUUCUGGAUCAACAACACGGGCCAGACAACAGAUGCCUCGGCCCCGCAGCUUGACCUCCAGGCCCGGGUGGAGGGCGGCGAGGGAGGCUGGCUGGAGGAAGUCGUCUGCCCCAUCAGGCUGCUCUAUGUGGGGCACAGUGAGAUUCCGCUGGAGGGGCCACAGUUGUCUGCUGGUCUACCUCGGGCCGGACUCUACAGCCUGCUGGUGACUUCAGCUGAACCAUCAUACCCCGCCUCGGCAUCAUGCCCGUUUCAUGUGGUGCCUCCUCUGGAGUUGACGAUCCUCCACCCCCCCCCACAGAAUGGCACCUUCUACCUGCAGCCCAACGACACCCAGCUGCUGCUGCGGGUCCGCUCGCGCUACCCGACAACGGCCUCGCGGCGUGGCAGUAAUCACAGUGUGACUUUCCAGCAUCACUGUCCUGAAGAGUUUUCCUCUAGUCCAGGGGUCUGUCAGCCCGGGGCGAGCUCAGAGUCGGGGGCCGAGGGCACGGAGCCCAGCUUGUAUGCGGUGCUGGAUCUGAUCUUGGCCGCGGAGGAGCGGAGAAGUCCAGUGCAGGUGGAGCUGGAGGCCCGUAAUAAUGUGACGGAGGCCGGCUUAUCUGCGGUCGUCCGCCUGGAAGAGCCGCUCAGAGAGCUGGGGGUGCAGCCGCAUCCGACGCACAGGGUGUUGAUGGAGUCCGUCGUGAGCUACACAGCGUCGGUGCUCGAAGGCUCCAAUCCCACAUUCAAGUGGACAGUGGAUGACAAGCCGUACUUCACCUAUUACAACACUGUGCUCAACGUCAUCUACCAGCACGCGGCCACCUACAAGCUCACGGUGACGGCCAGCAACCAUGUCAGCACCCUGACGGAGCAUUUCAACGUGACGGUGGACCGGCUGCAGCCCAUGGCCAACCUCACGGUGAAGGGUGUGCCGGAUGUGGUGCCUCAGGGCUCCACGCAGACUCUCACCACCUCCGUGCUCGUCGACAUGGCCGUGGCCGCCACCUUCCGAUGGUCUUUUGGUGACGGCGGAUAUGAGGAAUUUGAAUACAAGCCUCCCUACGACCCCGCCCAGCUCUGCCCAGACUCCCCCAAUCAGGUCCUUCUAAGCAACAACGUCAUCUAUAUUUACUCUCAGCCAGGGAUAUACACGGCAUUGGUGUCGGUGUCCAACCGUUAUGAGAACAUCAGUCAGAGCAUCAACAUGAGCGUCUACAGCAUCCUCACUCGCGUCGAUAUACAAACGGAGCCUCUCCUCCUCCUCACCGGCAAAUCGGCCGAUUUUGAGGCUCACCCCCUGCCCUCCCCCUAUGGCAUCCACUACGACUGGCACCUUGGAGAUGGUUCUGCCCCGCUGCGAGGUCGCCGCGUGGCACACACCUUCACCCAGAGCGGCGUGUUUAAUUGCUGCGUAUCGGUCAACAACACCAUCAGUUCCAUGGAGGCUUGUGCCGAGAUGUUCGUGUACGAGGAGAUCGAAGAGUUAACGGCGGAGAGCUCCUCUCCCACAGAGCUCCACAGCCUCACCACAGUACGGGCACGCCUUGCAUCAGGUAACAACAUCACGUGGACAUUCUCGAUGGGAGACGGGACCGUCUACACGCAGUCCGAGCCCGACGUGUCACACGGCUAGAAAGACGGCAACUACACGGUGAACGUGACAGCCGCCAACGCCGUGAGCUCCGGCUGGACGAUCCUCCCGGUGCAGGUGUUUGUCUUCCAAGUUGUGAAGAUGGAGCCGUCCGGGUGUCUCCAAGAGCGGAUCGCUGUCAACUUUCAGGCCUGGGUGUCGGGUAACGCCUCGGCUCACGUUUACGAAUGGAGCUUCGGGGACGGGAGCCCGAACGAGACGCACCGCGGCGACCCCAGGGUGUCGCACACCUACUGGACAAGUGGGAACUACCAGCUCUCUCUGCUUCUGUCCAGCAGGGCAAACAAGGCCAGCAAGGCGAGCUUCCUCGACUGGGUGUGUGUGCAGCCGGCGUUGACGAACGUCAGCCUCAAACUGGAGAAAUCACACUACGCCGUUGGAGAGGAGAUCCGGUUCCAGGCCAGAGCCGAGCCAGAAUUUAACUACAGCUACCAGUGGGACUUUGGUCAAACGAAAGACCUCCUGCUUGACAGUGGCUUUGAGAAUAGCCUGAAAACGUAUAAAAACCCCGGUCGCUACACCGUGACAGUCGUCGUCUUCAACAACAUCUCCGCCUGUAACACCAGUGUUGGGAUCGAGGUGUUGAUGCCCAUCGGUCCAAUCGUUAUCCGACAUAAUGGCACUAAAAACAACAACCUGACCCUUAAAGCGCCGUACGCCUUCACGACAACCUCCACGGCCUCCAAUGUCACUUACGUCUGGAGCUUCGGAGACGGACAUGUGCUCACGGGUCAGAACAUCCUCCAUAACUUCCACAUCAGUGGGAACUACAACGUCACGCUGGCGGCGUCCAACACGGUCAGCAGGAAUCGCACCACGUUGCCCGUCGCCGUGCUCGCAGCGAUCCGCGGGUUGACCGUCAACUCCAGCUUGGUGAACGUGCCCCUCAACGCCUCGGUCCACUUCGAGGCCCAAAUGGAGGAGGGAGACGGCGUCCGGUUUUCUUGGAUCUUGUGCGACCGUUGCACCCCGAUCCCGGGCACGCACACCAUGUUCUACACCUUCCGCUCCGUCGGCACGUUCAACAUCAGCGUGACGGCGGAGAGCGACGUGGGGGCCAAACAAGCCAGUAUCUUCCUGUAUGUCCAACGUGAGCUGGAGGGGCUGCAGAUUCUGGCGGAGGGCGAGAGCAGAGGAGCCGGACGCGCGGGAUCGGACGGUCGUUGCUUCGCUACGAACCGCGUUCUCCGCCUCCACGCGGGAGUAAAAGAAGGAACCAACAUGACGUUCACUUGGAGCCUCAUCAAAGAGCCGGACGCCCUCAGCUCGAGUUUCAACAUAAGCGGGAAGACGGUGGAGGUGAAUUUCUCCAGGCCGGGCCCGUGUAAUAUAUUCCUGCGGGCAGCCAACCUCCUGGGCAGGCUGUCCGUCAACAGGACCGUCCACUUCCUGGAGCCGGCUGCAGGCGUGGACCUGCAGGUCAGCGACGACCCCGUUGCGGUCGACGCUCCGACUAACCUGACGGUGCUGAGUGUCGCGGGCUCAGACCUGCAGUACCGCUGGUCUGUGAAUGGAGACCCUAUGAAGUGGAACCAGCACUGGAAGACCCACGCCUUCAUCAGUCCUGGCCUCAAGCGAGUGACGGUGGAAGUGUUCAACGAAGUUAGCUCUCAGGUUCAGUCCAAGACGGUCAGUGUCCAGGAAGUCAUUUCCGGUCUCAGAUUCACGGCCACGAAUGUGACAGAGCAGAGUUAUGUGGCGACGGGGGUCAACGUCUCGCUGCAGGGGGAGGUGCUGACGGGAUCCGACGUGACGUGGACGUGGCGGUUGAAAGGAAGAACGGAACUGGGAAGGAACACCUCUCUCGUUUUCCAGGAGGCCAGAACGGCCGUCGUCAGUGUCAACGCGACCAACGACGUCAGCGGCCAGGUGGUUUCCAGAGAGUUCUUUGUUCAGGACAAGAUUCAGGGCUUGGAGCUGAGGACGAGUAAAACCAUCGCGGCGGUCGGUGAGAAGGUGAACUUAACCAUCUCCAUGGCGGCGGGCUCGGCCGUUCAACUCAUCCUGAGCAUCAGCGGCGAUGCCACUGUUCGACUUCAACCCGACCAAACCUACAGCCACACAUUCAGCCGGGUGGAUACGUACAUGGUGAAUCUCACCGCUCACAACCAGGUGAGUUUCAAGAGGCGGCACCUCCAGGUGGAGGUGAUGGAGCCGGUGCGUGGGCUUACCAUCCAGGGAAGCUGUGCCGCGAUCCCCGUGGGCGUGAAGAGAUUGUUUGUGGCCAACAUCCUGACGGGCAAGCCCGUUCAUUUCUUGUGGACCUUUGAUCUACACCACCUGCACAAGACGUCGCACAUGGGCAAAGAGGUGUUCUACACGCCAGAGGAACCAGGCUUAUUGACCAUCUACCUGAAGGCCCUCAACGCACUACAUGCUCAGAACGUCACCAAGCACAUCCUGGUCCAGAACCUGCUGACGGCGGCCGUCCUGUACGCGGCGCCCGUGGAGACCUUCAUCAACAAGACGGUGACCCUGAUGGCGAAUGUCAAACCCAGGUCUCAUUCUGUGGCGUGCUUGUGGGACUUUGGCAACGUCUCUCCUCCCGUUCACACAAACACCACCACCGUGGGUUAUGAGUACCGAUACCCAGGACACUACUUGGUCCGAGUGAACUGCAGUAACCUGGUGAGCUGGGUGUUGGCCAAAGUGGAGAUCCACAUCAGUGUGUUAGAGUGCGAGGAGCCAGAAGUGCAGGUGGCUCAAGCACCUCGUCUGACCAUCUGGCGCUACCAGCCCACUCUGGUGGAAGCUAGUGUGGACCUGAAAGGCUGCGUUCGCUACGGAGCUCAGUACCUGUGGCAGAUACUCGCCACGCCCUCCUGUGAUAAUCACAAAGGCCCCUGCAUUCCCUCUGCGGGGGCCACUCGGCCCUAUCAGUCCGUGCUCGUGCCAGUCGUUCGCCUGCCGGCGGAGGUGGAUGUGCGGCGGCUACAGCUGUCGUUGCCCAAGAUGUCUCUAGCUGCAGGGAACUACACCUUGGUGUUCUCUAUGUCCUAUGAUGGCGUGCCGCUGUGGAAGGCCGCCGGUCUGCAGCUCAGCGUCAUGGCAACCAGGCUGAUGCCCAUCAUAGAGGGGGGCACAUACCGGGCGUGGUCCAGGACUCAGGACCUGAAGCUCAGUGCGGUGCAGUCCUACGACCCCAACAUGGACCCCGACAGCCAGUCACUGCUCCACUACCACUGGGAGUGUCAAAGCACCUCGAAGGGUGCGGAGCACUGCUCCAGUCUGAACUUCGGACUGGGCACCAGCGACCCAGUGCUGGGAAUCUCCGGCUCCGAGCUGGAAGCGGGCGUGGAGUACACCUUCAGACUGACCAUCAGCAAAGACGGCAUUGCACCCGAGUCAACCACACAGACGGUGCUGGUCCAGAGUGGCCAUAUUCCCAUGGUGUCUCUGGAGUGCGUGUCCUGCAAGGCCCAGUCCAUCUACGAGGUCAGCCAGAACUCAUACGUCUACCUCAGAGGAACCUGCUCCAACUGCCAGGGAUUUCACCGUGGGCGCUGGAGCGCGAUGACGCUGCAGAACCAGACGCUGGUCCUCGACUCCUCCUCCACCACCACGGGAAGUGACGGCAUGAAUCUGGUGCUGCGGCAGGGCGUCCUUCGCCACGGAGACUCCUACAACUUCACGCUGCACGUGACCGACGGCAGUCUGGACGGCGCCGGCGCCGCCUCCAUCACUCUGCACCACAACAUGCCCCCGGCUGGCGGGGAGUGUCACCUGAGAGGGGGAGGGGAAGCGGGAACGGAGUACGGGGAAGACGGCGAAGGCUGGAGGAUACGCACGCUGUUGGACCGGGUGCACUUCAACUGCUCGGGUUACAGUGAUCUGGGGGUCUCCGAGACUCCUCUGCUCUACGUUUUAUCGGUGACGCGUUGCAAAGACGACUACUGCGAGGACUUCUGUGUGUACAAAGGCAGCAGCCCGGAGCACUCGGCCUUCCUGCCCCCGGGCUUCAGCUCGGCCCGCAAUCUCGUUGCUUUAUCCAUCACGGUGGAGGACCACCAGGGCGCCGCCAUCACUGCACUCAACAAGUCCAUUGAAGUUGUGCUGCCUGACGCGCCACCUGACUACAAGAGCCUUCCCCAUUGGCUGUCUGAGCUGACGGACAGCAAGCUCAAAAAGCUGUUAGAGCAGGGAGACUCCCAGAGAGUCCGAGAGUUAUCGUUGGCUCUGAUCACGGUGCUGAACGAGUAUGAGCAGACCAGGGAGUCGCCGCGCGUGUCCCCGCACGAGCGCAGCUACCGACUCCGAAUCCGCAGCAACAUCACCAGAGCGCUGACCGCUCUCGACCUGAUCACCGUCAACGACAUCCAGCAGACCUCCGCCGCGUUGGCUCAGUGCACGGCGGUGAGUCGAGAGUUCAUCUGCGAGGAGUGUCAGCACAGCACCCUGAACAAGCUGGAGUCCAUGCUCGAGAUCCUGCAGACGGACACCAAGCAGGGCACCGUCACCCCCACGGAGAUCGCCGACAACAUCCUGAACAUCAUGGGUGAUCUGAUCCAUCAGGUGGGCCAGUCCACAUCCCAGUCUUACCUCCAGCUCACCUACUUGGAUUCCCACUCACAUCCCUCCACGUCCUCUUUCACCUCCGGUGAGGAGCGAGGAGGCCCCCCGUUGGACCCCUCUCUCUCUUCGCUGGAGCCGCACCCCCUGCGAGUGGCGGCCAAGGCGUACAGCCUGUCCUCGGUCCUCAUGCGGAUCCUCAUGCACGCCCGGGUGCUCAACGAGGAGCCGCUCGUGCUGAGGGGAGCCGAGAUCGCUGCCACGGGGAAACUGGCGGACACCCAGAGCCUUCUCUGCUACCAUGACAACAACAGUCCAGAGUGCCAGCGGUUCUCCAUCCCCCGAGCGUUCAACUCCAGUCUUGGCAGGGCUGCAGCCGGAACCAGCAUCAUGCAGCUGCUGUUCCAGGUGGAGUCAAACCCUUUCCCCUUCAACUACGUGGCCAACUUCACCGUCUCUACCGAGGUGGCGUCCAUGGAGUUCCGCACCGAGAACGGCACCCAGAUUCCCAUCUCCGGGCUGGACGACAGUCUAGCCAUCACUGUCGCUAUUAAAAACGGAAGUAGCGGAGCAGAAGCAGAUGCUGAAGGUUCUGGUACCAGAGGAAUCCCCACAGCUGGAGCUGUUAACAUCAGCCACUGUGACUCCGUCAUCGUCAAGGUCAGCACGGGAAACACCAACCGAGAGGCGGGGGUGUUUGUGCAGCUCAACUUCACCACUCUGCCGGAUGCCAGACAGAAGAGUACAGGAGAAGAAGAUGUGGAGGAGCCCUACAUCACAGCCUACCUGCAUUCACAUGAAAGACCCAAUGAGUUCAACUCCACAGACAAAAAACGCAUCACGCUCGGUAUGACCAGGGGCCGCGACCUCGACCACAGGAAGUACACCUUCUUCCUGUCGCCAGAGACGUACGACACCACGCUGGACUACUUCAUCAACGUGAGCACGGCCUGCAGCCCCGGCUCGCCGCCCGCGGGCGUCCGUCUGGAGGUCGGCGUGUUUGCCUCUCUGUGUCAGUACUUCAGCGAGACUGAAAAGCAGUGGCGGACAGACGGCAUGGUGCCGCUGGCAGAAACCAACGCCAGCAGAGCGGUGUGUCGCACCAGGCACCUGACGGCCUUCGCCGCGGGCCUCUUCGUACCGGCCGACGCCGUCAGCUUCAAAGUGCCGGAGCGUUCUGGGGCGCCGAGCCUGGUGGUGCUGUUGGUGUGUGUGUUGGGCUUACUGAGCUACGUGGUGGCAGCGGCCCUCCUGCACAAGCUGGACCAGUUGGAUCUACGGCGGGCCGGUGUGGUUCCACUGUGUGGCCAGGACGGGCUCUUCAAGUACGAGGUCCAGGUCAAGACUGGCUGGAGCCGCGGAGCAGGCACCACGGCGCACGUGGGCAUCAGUUUGUACGGCGGGGAGAGCCGCAGCGGUCACCGCCAUCUCGACAGCAGAGGCGCCUUCGCGCGCAACGCUCUCGACAUCUUUCACAUCGCCACGGACACCAGCCUGGGCAGCGUCUGGAAAACACGAAUUUGGCACGACAACAAAGGUCUGUCUCCGGCGUGGCUGCUGCAGUACGUCUUGGUCAAAGACCUGCAGACAGGAAGCAGCUCCUACUUCCUGGUUGAGGAGUGGCUUUCCGUCGACAGCGAGAGAACCGACGGACAGGUGGAGAUCGAGGUGGAGGCCUCAGAAGAGGCCGUGCUUCGUCGGCUGCCCCGCCGUCUGCGCCGUGAGCUUCAGAGGGCGCUGUGCGAGAGUCACCUCUGGCUGUCUCUGUGGGAGCGGCCCCCCCGCAGCCCCUUCACCCGCCUGCAGAGGGCCACGUGCUGCGCCGCGCUGCUGCAGCUGUUCGUGAUGGCCAACGCGCUGUGGUACAGCGUCGUGGUGGACAGGAGAUACAGCCCGCGGGCCGUGUCGAGGCUUUCUCCGUUGAACGGAGAGACGGUGGCGGCCGGCGUGGUGACCUGUCUGAUCGUCUACCCGCUCUACUUGCUCGUCUUCACGCUCUUCAGAAUGAGCCGCAGCAAGUGUGUGUCGGUGGAGCCGGUGCCAUCUCAAGUGGAUCAGGAGUCGGUGGAGAUUGACGACUUCCUGGACGACUCCGUGGCUGGAAGCUCUUUCCUCUUUUUUAACGGCGAGACCAACUCAGAGGAAACCAAUGUGGAUUUGCCCACUCCAUCAACCAAAAGCGGGGAGAGUUGGGGCAUGGCAGAGGACGAGAUGGAGGACAGCGAUUGGCCAGAGCUGUUGAGUGACGUGUCUGUAGCGGGAGGGGCGGGGCAUGGGGCAGGGCUGCCCCGGCUGAAGAGGGGUCAGGGGAGCAGGCACCUAGGCGUCGACAUGACCUUUAACCCUGACGACGCGGACCAACGCAACAAAUACUUCACCUCUUCGGACGAGGAUCUGAUCAAACACAUCCUGGCUGACGGACAGAACUUCUUUCCUCAGACGGACGAAAGUGAAAUGGCUGACCUAUUGAGCAUUUUAGGAGAUAAGACGGAAGUGAUUCUCCGCCAGAAGCUGAAUGAGCCUCUCCCUCUAGAAUCUGUGAGAAGAGACCCUCCAAAAACUGCUUUCAUCUCAAAUACAGUUGUGACGGACGUGUGUCGUCCCCGGAGGUUUCCUCCCUGGUGCGGGCGCGCCGCCCUGUGGGGCAGCUGGGCGGGGAUCGCCGUGGCAAACGGCGUGUCCAUCUGGGCCGGUCACGGGUUCAGCCAGAGCGUCGCCGUGAUGUGGCUCGUCUCCUGCUUCGCCAGUUUCCUGUGUUCCUGCCUGCUGUUGGAGCCGGUUAAGGUGGUGUGUGAGGCGGUUUACUACGCCGUGUGGGAGCUGCGCCUGCGUCCAGAGGAGCAGGAUGUGCUGGUGGAGUUCCCCCGGCUGGAGAGAGUGGUCCAGCGGGUCCACAGGGUGAGCCCUCCACAGGGCUUCGCUCUGUCUCAGGCCCGGCACCAGGCCCGCAAGGUCCACAUGCUGCACACCAUGCUGAAGAACUUCCUGGUUUACAUGUUCUUCCUGUUGGUGGUUUUGCUUCUCAACUACUCGGAUUCGGCCAAAGAUGCACACGGCCUGAGACUACGCACCCAGCUGCAAGGAGCACUACACACACCUGUGUACCACAACAUCAGCAGCCGAGCUGAUGCUCUGAUGUGGCUGAAUGAGUCACUGUUGCCACAGUUACUGGAUGACUCCGCCCUCUUGAGAAACACAGGAAGUGUGUUGCUCGGCACGCUGAGGCUUCGUCAGAUCCGUGACACACAGGGCAGCUCCAGGGCCGGGGGCGGUGUUUUGCGUUGGGUUCCAGCUCCGACCAACGACGCUGAGAAUGUCACGGCUUUCGGAGCCAGCGAUGCAAACGGGGCGUGGCGUUUGGGUACGAUGAGAGAGUCUAACGGGGGAGAUGUGAUCCAGCAGUUGAACCGGAGCCUGGCGGAGGCGUCCACCUCCUUACUGCAGCUGCAGAAGCUGCACUGGCUUGACUACAGGACCCGUGCUGUGUUCGUGGAGUUCUCGCUCUACAACAUCAACACCAACCUCGUGGCUGUUUUCUCCUUCUUCAUCGAGUUUCCGGUUUCUGAGCGUGCUCAGUCCAGCCUUGACCUCCUCGUCAUCACUCUGUGGCCAAUCACAGGCCUGGAUUUGCAGCUCCUUCUCAUGAUCGUCCUCCUCGGCCUGGUGUUGUACUUCCUGUCGCGGGGGAUCCUGGGCCUCCUCAGAGAAGGCCACGUGUACUUGCUUUCCACCUGGAGACUCCUGGGCAUCUGCAAACUGGUUCUGGCGGUGUCCGUGUGCGGGCUGCACCUGAGCCGCUGCACCAUGGCCACGCAGCAGUGGGCGUCGUACCUGAAGCACCCUCGGGACGCCUUCACGGACUUCUACCCGCUGGCCAGACAGAGCCAGCUGUACACCGCCAUGGCCGCCCUGCUGCUGUUCAUCCUGGUGCUCAAGGCGUCCCACCAGCUGCGGUUCCUGAGGGAGUGGGCCGUGUUCGGCCGAGCUCUGCGCUGCUCCGUCUGGGAGCUGCUGGCCGUCGCCCUGGCGUUGCUGCUGCUGGUGCUGGCGUACUCACACACAGGACACCUGCUCUUCCACUCCGUCUACGACGGCUACAGAAGCGUGAGCGCCGCCUGCCGCUCGCUGUUGGGCGCUGACGGGCGCGGCCUCCUCUCGUGGCGUCCCAGCUGGACAGUCACGGGUCCCUCGAGCUCCGCCUUCGCGUUGGUUUUCCACGCCAGCUUCGCCGUCCUCCGGCUCGUGCUGCUCUGGUUCGUCACCUCCGUGUUGCUGAGGAACUACCGGCGGGCGCGAGCCGAGCUGUACCGUCCGGCCGUGGACCUCCAGGACUACGAGAUGGUCGAGUUGUUUCUCCGGCGGCUCAAGAUGUGGAUGGGACUCAGCCGGGCCAAGGAGUUCCGCCAUAAGGUUCGUUUCGAGGGCAUGGAGCUGCCGCCGUCCCGCUCGUCCUCCACCAGCGACUGUAAGUCCCUGUGCUUGCCGCCGCUGGACGGUCCCGACUCCUCCCCCACCCCGGACGGCGUCGACGCGGGUUCCGAGGCCUCGUGGCGUCCCGCCUCCUCCAGCCCCUGCAGCCUGACGGAAGCCCCGGGGAUCGGCCUGGGACUCGGGUUGGGCCUGGGUUUGGGGCUCGGUCCGGGAGUGGUGAUGGGGGGUACCAGCUGGAGGGAGAGGACGGAGACCGAAGCCUCUCUGAGGAGGCUCCUUCCCACCCUGGAAGCCCUGCUGCAACAGCUGGACCGUGUCACCAUGGCAACGGAGGAUCUGUAUCACAUCGAGUGUAGAAUGGAGCAAACCCAGUGGAAGAGGCGGCGGAGAGAGAGAGGAGGUAGUGGUGGUGGUGGUGGUGGUAAGGGAGGGAGGAGCGAGGAAGGACAGAGAGGAAAAGGUGAGGACAAGGACUCCGUCGGGUGGAGAGGACGGAAGACUGGCAAGGAAAAACAGAAAGGGGGCAAAAAGGGUAAAAAGAUGGAGAAGAGUGACGGUCGAAGGGACUGUGGAAACACCGUCCCCAACCCCAAAAAGACUCCAGUAGCCACACCUGUUCCCUUUUUAAAGCCCAGACCAGCCUCUGCCCCUACACACACGCCCACUCCUCAAACAUCAGCCAAACCCUCCGUCAGUUCACCUCCUCCUCCAUCGGUCACGGAUAAAUCCGACUCCUCCUCCCUCCCCGUCUCAUCAGCAAACACUUCCCACGUCCCGCCUUCCAAAGCACCCUCUGCACCUACUUGUACGCCUGCACCGACACCUUCCCUGCCCUCUACCCCUGCCCCUACCCCCAGUGGGCGGGACUGGGAGCCCCUCCCCUCCUCCAGCCUGUUCAACCACCCCGCUCACACGACCACCAAUCCGACACGCAAGCGAAAAUGCAAACCCCCACCCCUCAAAAAUAAGGUGCACCCCAAAUCCUGAGGCCUCUGGAUAGAUAAGAGGCAACUAGAAAGGCAAGAUGGUGGAUAAAAAAUUUUUUUUUUAAAUCACGUAAAUGUCAUGUUAUGGAUGAGAGGAGCACAGGGGGCAGCAGGAUCUGCCCCCCCAGGGUGCACCUCUCCAAACCCAAGUAGUGGAUGGGAGCAAAUAAGAGAAUAGCACAUGUUGAACACAAGCAGUUUGGGGUAAUAAAAAGAUAAACAGAGAGCAAUACAAUAAGACUUUACAGGUGUACAAUAAGUGAUCUGUUCAAAUCCCAGUUCAGGUCCCUCUCAGAACCGAGGUGCGGGUCACCAGACGGGAACUGAGCUGGUUUUGUCAGCCGUGUAAAAGGUCAACAUUGAAAUACUCCUUCCAUUUUUUCCUUAUUUCAUUGAACUAAACCUGAUCCCAGGUGGCCCUGGAGGUCACGUGGGGUCACCGACAGGAGCACAUGAGCGUGCUCACCUAAAGAUUUAACCGGCUGAACGCAGACGACGCAAUCGGUCUUUUAUGUGAUUAUGUUUGUCAGUCUACGUACUUUUCGUAUUGUAUAUUUUGGUCGCCGUGGGCCUGUUUGAAAAUAGUGCUUUUAAAUAAAAUAUGAAUCCAAAUUUGCAUGCAGGCACACACACACACACACACAGUUAUUAUACACACAUGCAGGUAUACACACGCAUGGUAAUAACACUGUAGGCACAGACCCGCUGAGUGUAAUGUGCCGUACACUUCAGUCCACUGAGGGACAAGAGAAAACUAAAUAAAGCAUACACACACACACACGCAUACACACACACAAGGUUGUUGGGAUCCCAGCAGCCAGUUUUUUUCAGGGUGCAGAUAUAACCGUUGCGGAUGUACGGAGAAAUUAAAAAGAUACAAAGGUUAGCGAAGAGUAAUGAGUGAGUGUGUGUGUGUGUGUGUGGGGGUAGUGCAGAAGAAAGUAGCGCAAGAAGCUGUAAAGACGAGAUGAGGCUCAGCGGAGACGAUCGCUUGGACAAUAAAGUUUAGGAAGCAGGAAGGAGUUGCCUUCACGUACACAGUCCUGAACCGUUACACAAGUUCAGCCAUCAUAAAGCUAAACUGAAUCCCAGUCCGAUUCGCUUUUCUCAGUGUUGUUGUGAUUUAAAAGCACUUUUGUUCAGAUGUAGAUAGUUGUGUGUGUUGUUAAUAAGCUUGGUGUCCAAACCAAUCGAUGAAGCUUCACUCAUACUGUGUCUUAACUAUAAACGUCGCCAAAGCUUCUGCGUCAUGUAUGCAUUCAGUUUUAUCAUACCAAGUAAUUAAUUCAUUUUGUACUAGCACUUUAUUUCCUAAUGGAGCUGUUCUCCAACGCCAUGUUUAACACCUGUCAAGUUUUUAUUUACACGUCUUAAAAAGGCGUUACAGAAACGUCCCGAGUCCGUGUUGAGCUGUUAAAACCACAGGCGGCAGUUGUUUGUGUUCUCGUGUCUGCGCACAAUAGUUUUAGAUAACUUUUUUUUUUCCGUCUUAUUUUGAAAAACAUACGGACUUCCGUGUGUCCAGUGGGCAAAUCUCAGGGAUCCCACCCUCCCCUCCCCCCACCCAGCCUGGAAUGACAACCAGGAAAACCAAAACUGGGGGCAAAAUGGUUCUUAAGUGAUAACAGAUGCUUAAACCUUGCCAGUGUUUAGACUUCCUCUUCUCAGAAACUGGAGUUGCAUGUCAGUGUCGUUUUGUUUUUAAAGGAUAUGAAAAGACAUGCCUCUUCCAAUCAAACCCCACCGUUGCACAACUUAACGCAAAACUGCCAACUCUAAUUUAGCAUUUUUAAACAUUCUCUCCUUAUUCCAUCCCAAUUACAUGUAAACGAUCUCACCCGUUUCUACUUCAUCUGUGUUUGUACAGUUCUGUGUAUAUAUUGGUGCUUUGUGGUGUGUAUAUUUUGGUUUUUCAUGAUCAGCAUUGUUUAUGUGCUGCAGUGGCAUACGCAUUAGGUCGAGCACUGGUGUUGCAAAAAAAAAAUACACGUCUCCGAGCGAACUGAAGCACGACAGCCGAGGUGAUCGAUGCGUUCACUAGACACCGUUCUGUUCCUGCUCUGCGUGUAACAAGAUGGCACCACAGUCUUUGCAUUGUGUAUUUUGCUUUGAAAAUAAUGUCACUAAUGUGUCUGUAUCUCAUAUCUGUAUUGUUGCAGUUGUAGCACUUCUUUGCUUUUGCACUUGACAAAGUCGAAUAAAGCGAUUGACAGCU